AUGGAAAAGAACAUCUGCUAUCAGCAACGAAGGAGAAAAGAAGUCGUCUACGACGAUUGCGUUCUCGAGGACUCCUUGUUCCAAGGUGAUUGGCACAUCGAGGAGCACGUGGAUUACGAGAUGCCGCUCAGAGGGCAACGAGCCUGUGCUGAGCGUGUCUCGAAGCCGCGCACGACAAACUUGGAUCGAAUUUCGAAGACCACCAAGGAAUUGUUGGAAAGAAGAAGAGCUUUGAGGCCUGAUCCAAAUGCAUCGCACGUUGAGCGGAAGAAGAAGAUUCUGGAAGCAGCACAAAGAAGAACAAGUCUGAAGAAGUGCCGCAGGGAUCUCCGCGAAUAUAAUAUUCCGCUAGCAACCUUGCUGAGCGAAGACGGGACUCGCACGUCUUCUCGUCGUGAGAUGGAAAUCAUUACGGAGAGGUUCUACUCGAACCUUUUCCGUUCAUCAAUUCCUGUGUCAAGCCCGAUCAUCCCCACUAGCGAAGCUCCACCACGGAUUCUCCCUUCGGAAGUACGAGUCGCUAUCAAGAGCAUGAAAGCCUACCUUCAGAAAGAAAGGAUCCCAGACCAGUGGAAGACCUCGCGAACCGUUCUUAUCCAUAAGAAAAGUGACCGAGAGGACCUUCGGAACUACCGUCCGAUAUGCUUGUUGAGCGUGUUAUACAAAGUAUUUACCAAGAUCAUCCUCACCCGCAUAUCUAGGACGCUGGAUGAAGCCCAGCCUCAAGAACAAGCUGGAUUCCGCAAAGGGUUCAGCUGCUUGGACCACAUCCAGACCGUGUCGAGGGUCAUAGAGCGUGAAACGAAUGCAAUACUGUCAGCGCUGGUCGACCAAGGUGUGGACGCGUCGUAUGUGAGGACAUUAGCCAACUGUUACGAUCGAUGCACGACUAGGAUACAGCUUUUCCAACGCCCUCUCACCAUACCCAUUGGAAAGGGGGUACGAGAAGGCGAUACUAUAUCGCCGAAGCUGUUCACAACUGCAUUGCAAUGGAUAAUGAAAUCACUAUCCAGGGCAGAAAGGGGCAUACGUGUUGAUGGAAGAUUUCUUUCGAACCUUCGUUUCGCGGACGACAUCGUUCUCUUUUCGAGCAGUACCAAUGAAGCAGAAACGGUGCUCAACGAAUUGAACGAAGCAGGGAAGAGAAUAGGACUACGAAUAAACAGAAAGAAGACACAGUUCAUGAAGAACGCCUACUGCGAGGACGAAGGAGUACAACUUGAAGGCUCCCAAAUCGUGGAAACUCCGUCAUACGUAUACCUUGGACGUUCAAUGAACAUGGAAAACGACUUGGAGGAAGAACUAAAUAGAAGAAUGAGAGCAGCAUGGGCAACAUUCGCAGCCGUCAGGGAAGCUACGGACCAACUGACGGACCAAGAUCUUCGUGCCCAUCUGUUCGACUCGACAGUCCUUCCAGCGCUGUGUUACGCAGCGAAGACGUGGGCAGACACCGCGGCCACGUCUAGGAAGCUACUUACUACCCACAGAGCCCUUGAGAGAUGUCUCCUGAAGUUUAACCGGCGCACACAACACCUAGCCGGUCUUCGUAGCUCCGACUUAAGAGGAAUUUCCCGUCUUCGCGACCCAGCGGAAUAUGUAUCGAAAGCAAAACAUAGAUGGCCGGUCACAUCAUGA